CUGUGACAACGGCAUUUGCAUUUCAAAAAACCUUACAUGCGAUGGCUGGAAUGACUGUGGCGACAUGAGUGAUGAGAAAAAGUGCGAUUGUGCGAGCCAUCAGUUCAAAUGUGCAAAUGGUUUAUGCAAACCCAAGCUAUGGGUGUGCGACAGCGUGGAUGACUGUGGAGAUAGAAGCGAUGAAGCUCAAUGUGGUUGUGCGUCGAAUCAGUACAAGUGGCCCUGUAGGAGUGGCGAGUGUCUGCCCCAGGAUGUUGUUUGCAACGGAAAGAAGGACUGUGAAGAUGGAAGCGAUGAGACUUCCUGCGAUAAUGCGAAAGGUAUGUGCACCGACUUCAGCUUCAAGUGUGCCAACCAGCAGUGUGUCAACAAGGUGAAUGCUGAAUGUGACCGUGUCAACGACUGCUCUGAUAACUCCGACGAGGAACACUGCGAUUGUGGCACCAGGCCCUACAAGCUCAACCGCAUCGUUGGUGGGCAGAAUGCUGAGCUUGGGGAGUGGCCCUGGCAAGUCAGUCUUCACUUCCAGACCCAGGGACACGUUUGUGGGGCCUCGAUCAUUUCUGAAAAGUGGCUCCUCUCAGCCAGCCACUGCUUUAGAUACUCCUACGAAUUUGAGAAUCCAGCUAACUGGAUGACAUACAGUGGCCUGCAGAGUCAGUUUUCAUUUGAUGCUGCACAGAGUCGCAAAGUGAAGAGGAUCAUCACGCACCCUAGCUACAAUGACAUAACUUAUGACUAUGACAUUGCCCUGAUGGAGCUUGAGGAGCCACUGGAGUUCACCAAAACCGUUCAACCCAUCUGCCUGCCUGCUGCCACCCACGUCUUCCCUAUGGGCAUGUCCUGCUGGGUCACAGGCUGGGGUGUGCUGAGGGAGCAAGGUCAACUUGCAAAAACCCUGCAAAAGGCUUCAGUAAAAAUGAUAAAUGAGACGGUGUGUCGAGAGUAUUUGACAAACCCACUCACCUCACGGAUGCUGUGCAGUGGCAUCUUGUCUGGAGGAGUUGAUGCCUGUCAGGGAGACUCUGGAGGCCCCCUAUCCUGCUUUGAGGAGAGCGGCGCGAAGUGGUUCCAGGCUGGCAUUGUGAGUUGGGGCGAGGGCUGUGCCCGUCGGAACAAGCCCGGCGUGUACACGCGCGUCUCCGCGCUGAGAGACUGGAUUAAACAAUACGCGGGCAUUUGAUGAAGAUGUGACGAGCGCGGAGGGACGCAGAUGAAAGACCAUCAGAGUGCUAGGAAUAGUGGUUACUGAACAUUUUCUUAUGAACUAUUUGAUUUGCAACAGGUUGAUCAUGGAGUGGAUCAUGAAUGGCUUCAAGCACUUUUGUUGGUUGCCAACUCUCUCAGGAUAUCGGCACAAUUUUACACUGGAAUUUUUUUUUUCUUUGAGGCUUUCAUGAACAAAGUGCCAGCAACCUCAUCUCCAUGAAGAGUUUAACUUGUCGCUAAAUUCUAAAGUAAAUACAAAAAUGGUAUUUGUAUAUAGUCGGAAAUUACAUUCUUCUUUGUGCAGUUUUACUUUUAGACUUUUUAAUUUGACCUGUUUUUAAGUGUGUGCGACUGAGGCCAAACUUUAGAGAUGAGUUUAAGUUGGAUUAUGAAACUGAUAAACAGACUUUUAUAUUUGUAUAAUUCUUUGACAAACACCCCAAAAGAUCAACACAGAUAAAAUAUUUUAUAUUUAUAUUGGAGUUUUUAAAAAUAUUUUCUGAAUUAUCUGAUUAUCAAUGGCUACUUAGAAAGGAAGCUGGAAACAACAUCAAUCUGUCUUAAUUAGUUCAAAACAGAACGCCCAGCAGUAUUUAGCAUUUGUAAUCAGGCUAAAUGGAUAAAGAAAGUGUAGCUACUAAAACCAAAAAGUGUAAGGUGCUUAUGUUUUAAGCUAUUGUGUGCUCACUGACCUAGCCUGAUUUGGAAAUAUUUCUGCUUUCCAAAAAUGUAAUUUAAUUGGGCAAAAGGCAGAUGAGGAUUAAGUCAGGCUGGCUGGGUUCUGGAGUGUCUCCUGGGACACACGGGAGCCUCUCGAUCAUGCCCCUUGGCUAUUAUUUAUCCUCUUGUUCACUUGAGUCACUAUCAGUUUGAUUAACAAGUCUGUCUGGAUAGUUAACUCAAUGCCUUUGACUAAUUGUGGGACAUACAUGCUGCUAAAUACACCAAAGAUUUGCAUUAAUUAUUAUUUAUUAAACAUUAUAGAGAGAAUAUGUGAAGUGCAAAGUGUGCAAAGUCUGACAAAAAGUAAAUGUAUAUUUUCUUUCUUUUUUUUUUUUUUUAAGCCAAACAUUUUAGAAGACAAUUUUACCAUGACUAUGAUUUUUAUGAUUUUCUUUCUGUACACAUUUUUUAAAAAUGUGUUUUAUUUGAAAAGACUCAACAAUAAAGUUCUUUUAUCUGAUGGCGUCCCAUCUAAUUA